UUCUUUAGAAAAUGGAUUCAUGCGUCACAGGAAGUUUUAAUUAUGAUGCAAUGUCUGCUGAUAUCGCCAUUGUGUGUCAGAUUGAAAUAAAUGUUGUCGCACAACGUAAACUGUGUAACAUUGUAUGUAUAAAACGUUAAAACAUCGUUUCUCGUUGUGUGGUACAUAAGAUGUUCAUGUUCUAGAGACAAUAAAGUCCAUAAGUGUGUUUGGCCUGUCCAGUACCGCUCGGACUCGUUCAACAUGCUCUGACAUGCCCCAAAUAUGGGCUUACUAUCAUGAGAGCAGGAACGUUUACAAAUAAACGUCCAUAUGACCAUAUCUGAUAAUAUGUUGCCACGUGUAGAAUCUAAAGUUGAAAGCAUGCUCAGGCUUCAGAAGAGAUUGGCAUCCAGUGUUUUGCACUGUGGCAAGAAGAAGGUGUGGCUGGACCCAAAUGAGACCAAUGAAAUUGCCAACGCCAACUCCCGGCAGCAGAUUCGUAAAUUGGUGAAGGAUGGUCUGAUCAUCAAGAAACCGGUUACGGUUCACUCUCGUGCUCGAUGCCGUAAGAAUACACUGGCACGGCGGAAGGGCCGUCACAUGGGUGUAGGUAAGAGAAAGGGUACAGCAAACGCUCGUAUGCCUGAGAAGCUGUGCUGGAUGAGACGCAUGCGUAUUCUGCGGCGACUUCUGAGACGUUACAGAGAGUCCAAGAAGAUUGACAGGCACAUGUACCACAGCUUGUAUCUGAGGGCAAAGGGCAACGUGUUCAAGAAUAAACGUAUCUUGAUGGAGCACAUACACAAGCUCAAAGCAGACAAGGCCCGCAAGAAGCUGUUAGCUGAUCAGGCUGAAGCCCGUCGCACAAAGACGCGUGAGGCACGGAAGCGUCGUGAGGAGAGACAGCAGGCUAAGAAAGAGGAAAUCAUUAAAACUCUUUCCAAAGAUGAAGAGACCAAGAAAUAAGAUUAUCUUUUUAUUAUGUCCUAAAUGUUCUUCAGUUCACCAAGUGAUGAAAAUAAAUAUAAAAUGUAUUGUC